UUAUGGAUUAAUUAGAGGUAUGAUUUCCCCGUUGAGCUCAAAAUGCUUCCUCACUGUCACGUGACAGUGGUUAAAAACCAAUCGGUGAUCAGUAUUCACGUCCCGGAAGCUCCACCCUUUGUCAACAUCUGUUCGGCUCUAGGUUGCGUUUGCAUUUCUAAAAGCAAGAGAAUUGUGAAAGAAGCCGAUUGAGUGGCCUUAACUACUACGACUUACUACAUUUCAUAAAAACAAACCGCUGCCUUCUUGUAAAAGAUAAGAACACCGUAACCUUUUCAAAGUGACAUUUUAAGAUACCAAACGUUCAUGAUUAAACACAUGUAGAUUCGUUUCCGAAAGAGUUUGACAGUGACGUGUUGAUGAUACUAAUACUACAGAACAAACAAAACGGGUGAUUUUAACUACAGCUUACGUUCACUGCCAUCAAAUUGCAAGUCGUCGCGCGGAUAUGACGUUGAGGUGCCUUGGUGACGUCAGUGACUGUGUUACCGCGAAAUGUCAAAUCACGCAGGCAUGAGAUGAUCUGAUAUCUGGAACGUCUAAUGAGUUGUAAAUCAAGUCAAAGCAAUGAGAAAAAGUCAAGUCAAGUAUGAAGAGGAGACACCUCUUCCUGGCAAAGAUGCAUUACAACAACUUCCAAAGAAACUGCAGGAAAAACUGAUGCCCUUCCAGAAAGAAGGGGUCUUCUUUGCUUUGUCCAGGAAUGGAAGGUGUAUGAUUGCAGAUGAGAUGGGUUUGGGAAAGACGAUCCAGGCCAUUUCUGUGGCGUAUAUCUACAGACAGGAAUGGCCGCUAUUGAUCGUGGUGCCUUCAUCCUUGAAAUACCCCUGGAUUGAGGAGCUGGAGAAGUGGAUUCCAGAUCUGGACCCCAGAGACAUCAAUUUGGUGGAGAGCAAGACCGACACAAUGAGCAUCGGCACCAGUAAAAUCACGAUACUGGGAUACGGGCUGCUCACCACGGACGCACGCCCCCUACUGGAGGCCCUGAACAAGCAACGCUUCGCCGUCGUCCUAGUGGACGAAUCCCACUACAUGAAGUCCCGUAACGCGGCUCGCAGCAAAAUACUGGUGCCAAUCAUUCAGGACGCCAAGCGCGCCAUCCUCCUAACCGGCACCCCCGCGCUGGGCAGACCAGAGGAGCUUUUCAUGCAAGUCGACGCGCUGUAUCCACGGACGUUUGGAACCUGGAGCGACUACGGCAAAAAAUACUGCAACGCACAUUACAAGUAUUUCGGGACCAGGAGACAGUGGGACUGUCGAGGCGCGUCUCAUCUGGACGAGCUACACCAGCGUCUGAGCGAGAUUAUGAUCCGUAGACUGAAGAAUCAGGUGCUGACGCAACUGCCGCCCAAAAUACGCCAGCGAAUUCCCUUCGACCUGCCCAAAGAUGCUGCCAAGGAAGCGAGUGCUAGUUUCGAGCAGUGGGAGAAGCUGAUGAGUUCUCAGAGUGAGAAUCAGUUUGUGGAGGUGAUGAGUCUCAUCACACACAUGUAUAAGCAGACGGCCAUUGCCAAGGCCGGGGCGGUGAAGGACUACAUAAAGAUGAUGUUGGAGACGGAGGAGCUGAAGUUUCUCGUCUUCGCUCAUCAUCUCAGCAUGCUGCAGGCGUGUACCGAAGCUGUCAUCGAAGCCAAGGCUGGUUAUAUCCGUAUUGAUGGCAGCGUUCCAUCGGCUGAGAGGAUCCAACUGGUCCAUCGCUUUCAGAAUGAACCAAGCACACGUGUGGCCAUAUUGAGCAUACAGGCGGCCGGUCAGGGUCUGACACUCACAGCCGCCUCUCAUGUGGUCUUCGCUGAACUCUACUGGAACCCUGGACACGUCAAACAGGCGGAGGACCGCGCGCACCGUAUCGGACAAACGGCCGCCGUACACAUCCACUACCUGAUCGCUAAAGGAACUUUUGACACCGUCAUGUGGGCAAUGCUGAACAGAAAGGAAACCGUAACAGGCAGCGCUCUGAAUGGCAAGAAGGAGUAUUUGAAAGCCGAGGAGGGAGACAGGGAGAAAUGGGACUUUCUGAACUUUGCGCGGGCGUGGACGCCGAGCGAGGCUAUGACGGGAGAUGCUGAAGAUGACAAGGACACCGUUUUCUUUUCUCACUUCGAAAGGGACAAACAGCACGACAUCCGCUCGUUUUUUUCCCCCUCUGGCAAUCAAGAAAAGAAACGCAAGAGAACAGAACAACAGUCUUCCGACAGUCCUCCGCCCGCUCUGUUAAAGGAAGGGUCCCCGGAGAUCCAGAAUUCCAUUUCGAACGAGGGGGAGGACUUUUCCCCCCAGGUGAAGCGUUUUAAGCAGGUUAGCCCCUUGUCGCGGCACAAGGGUAAGAAAAGCCCCCUGUCGCCGCCGUUCGCCCCCCGCAGGCUCUCCGCGGGACUGCAGGCGGCACGACACAAUCAGAAGUGGAGCUGUGAGGCUUGCACCUUCUCCAACAGUGGACUGUUGCUUCGCUGCGAGAUGUGCGAGACCCCGCGAAACUUACAGCAAGCUCCCGGUUCGCCUUCCUCAUUACCGGCCUCGUCGUUGAUGGACGGAACCUGCAACUCUGACGCAGACAGCGAACGUGGGCCAGCUGCCCCCAGCACCCCACAAACUCCACAUGCACAGCCGAGCCAGCCUACCAAUCAGGAUGGAGUGGAAAUGAGCACCCAUACGUCUCAAGAAACGCAAGAAGGGGUUGACAACCCCACCCCGGGAACACACACCAGUGGUGAUCCAGUUCUGUCUCCCAUAGCUAAUGACGAUCAGAGUUAUGAGCAGUCCGACGACUCUGUUCCGGUGUACGACAGUCUGAAGUUCUGCGCCAGCAGAAACACGGACAGGAUCUACAUCUAUGACAAGGAUGGACUCCCGCUUCACUGUAAUUUUAUUCCUUUGGAUAUUAGACUACAGAAUUGGGAAGAACUGCCACCAGAAUUCAACCGCACGGAGAACAGGAGACAGAUUGUGCGUUUUGUGCGCGAGUGGAGCUCUCUCACUGCGAUGAGGCAGAGGAUGGUGAGGAAGAGCGGAAGAGUCUUUCACAGCCCCAUUCUGCUCCUGGAGGAGCUCACACACUCACAGCGACGACACAGCAGCACCUCCAGGUAUCUUUCUAAACACGACGUAGCUCAGACCUCCAUCGCCGUGGCCCAGAAAGAGGGCGGAGCUAUCCGCAUCAUCACCAAGGACAGUUUCAUCCCUAAAAGAAGCUCAACAUCCAAACCAGCUGACCAAACCGACAGAGAAGUCCAGAGCUCUGCGUGUAUCCAGGCGGACUCUGAAUCCGGCUACCUGCAGGCCCUGGACUCAGCAGGGACGCCCCUGUGUUUGUCCUGCCAGAAACCCAGCGGAAGUCACUGAGGCUGGGCGGGAGGCUUCUGCAGCCCUGCCUGCAUGGAGGACUUCCAGCUGCGCUCCAAUCAGGGCUACAUGCGCGCCCGCGUUCUGGAGACGGAACAGGGUGUGUGUCAGCACUGCGGACUAAACGCCCACCAGCUGUACCUGCAGGUCCGAGACGCCCCGCGUACACACCGCAAGGAGAUAUUGGAUAAUACCUGGUUGGCACAACUUCCUUUG